UAUUCACAAAGCGCAUGCACAAAGAAAAAGCAGUACAAGUAAAAUAUGUAUUCCCUUAAACAAACUCUCUCUCUUCUCUCUUCUUCCACACCCUUCCAACAUAAUAAACUACCUCAAAAACAAUCUCCUCCAAUUUUCAACUCCUCUUCAGUAAUUUCAUUUUCCCUCUCCCAAUCUUCCAAAAAAAAUUAUACGCCAACAACAAUCUCUCCAGAAAACGAAAGCACUACAUUUCAUAAUUUAAAACCAUCAUCUGCAAACUCAUGCCCUCUCACACCUAUAGAAUUCCUGGAAAGGGCUGCUGUAGUCUACAGUGACUGCCCUUCAAUUCUGUACAAUGACACUUCUCGCACAUGGUCCGAAACCCAUACAAGAUGUCUGAAACUAGCUUCGUCCAUUGUUUCCCUCGGCAUCAGGAGGAACGACGUCGUUUCGGUAGUUGCGCCGAAUGUCCCGGCCAUGUGCGAGCUCCAUUUCGCCAUCCCCAUGGCUGGCGCAAUCCUUAACACCGUCAACCUCCGUUUGGACGCAAACGCCGUUUCCAAUCUACUCCAGCACAGCGGCUCGAAGCUCGUCUUCGUUGACCACCAAUCUUCGUCUCUUGUGGAAGAAGCAGUUUCCUUGUUCCCUCCAAAUCUACACCGCCCGGAUUUAGUCCUCAUCAACGAUGACACUAGUGUUUGUCGUUACGAAGAUAUGGUGAAAAAUGGCGACCCGGGAUUCAAAUGGGUUCGACCCGAAAGCGAGUGGGACCCGAUCAGCUUGAACUACACAUCGGGGACCACGUCUUCUCCCAAGGGAGUGGUGAGCAGCCACCGUGGAGCUUUCUUGAUAACCGUGAACUCCUUGCUCGAUUGGUCUGUCCCGAAGCAGCCGGUGUAUUUGUGGACGCUGCCCAUGUUCCACGCCAACGGCUGGAGCUACACCUGGGGCAUGGCGGCGGUGGGCGGCGCUAACGUCUGCCUCCGCCGCGUCGAUGCGCCUUCCAUCUACCAAGCAUUAGAGAGUUACAAAGUAACACACAUGUGUGGGGCGCCAGUUGUGCUCAACAUGCUGACCAACCAUCCCUGCAGCAAACCGCUGGAGAAUCCCGUCAACAUAAUGACCGCCGGAGCGCCGCCGCCAGCGGCGGUGCUUGGCCGUGCUGAAUCCCUAGGGUUCGUAGUGAGUCACGGGUACGGGCUGACGGAGACUGGCGGGCUGGUGGUGACGUGUGCUUGGAAGCAAGAGUGGAACCAUUUGGAAGGAGCUGAGAGAGCUAGGCUCAAGGCGAGGCAAGGCGUGGGGACCGUCGGAUUCACCGGAAUGGACGUGGUGGAGGCGGACUCCGGCGAGAGCGUUCCGAGAGACGGGUCGACAAUGGGGGAAAUCGUGCUGAGAGGCGGCAGUUUGAUGCUUGGGUAUCUGAAAGAUGCCGAGGGGACAUCGAAAUGCAUGAGAGAGAAUGGGUGGUUUUAUACCGGAGAUGUCGGGGUGGUUCAUCCCGAUGGGUACUUGGAGGUGAAGGACAGAUCAAAGGAUGUGAUUAUUUGCGGUGGAGAGAAUCUGAGCAGUGUGGAGGUGGAGGCGGUUCUGUACAGUCAUCCGGCGGUGAAUGAGGCGGCGGUGGUGGCACGGCCGGACAGGUUUUGGGGGGAGACGCCGUGCGCGUUUGUGAGCUUGAAGGAUGAGGUGGCGGAGAAGCCGACUGAGAAAGAGAUAAGGGAGUUUUGCAAGGCAAGGCUGCCUCUUUAUAUGGUGCCGAGAAUGGUGGUGUUCAAGGAUGAGCUUCCCAAGACGUCCACCGGUAAACUCCAAAAGUUUUUGCUUAGAGAUAUGGCUAAACAUUUGGGGAACUUUUAAUCUUUAUUGAUAUAAGAAUGUAGUUUGUUUUAUCGAUCAGUUGAAAUAAACAUUGAAUUUUG